AUGAUAUAUGAUGUGUCCAACAUUGUGGUGCGGCAUCAGUCCAACUUGACAAAGACUCCUUUCGGCCAGGGUACGGCCAAUGUUAAGAUUAGUGGACAGAGCACCUUCAACAUACCUGCUAUGGCACUCUCUGGUACAUUCCAAGUUAGUGACCCUGGAAGCACCCUUUCAAUCUUUGACAUAUCUGCUGCCCAAGUCAAUCUGAUUGCCGAUACCAACUCAUAUAUGAGAUACAGCAACAAUGAUACCAGUAUUAGUAGCCUAAUAUCUCUCCAGGUGUCGAACAGUUCAACGAUCGACAUUGAAUGUCCCUCAUGUUACCUGUGCAACGACAACGUCAUCACUGGCAAUAGCAUUGUGGUCUUUGGAAACCCUUCGCCAUCCAACUUAGAAUUCCAGUUUAACAUCUCGAUGAACUUGGGACAGAACUCAACAUUGGUCAAUCCCCCUCCUUUGAUCAACAUCAUUGAUGCCAUCAUCACCAUCGAUCAAUCCAACUUGGUCCUCUCUGGCCAAGGUGUGUCUGGCAGCUUCACCGUCAUGAAUGGUGUUGGCAUUAUCCUUGCCGACACAUAUGUUGGUGGCAGUAGUGCUGUAUCAAUUAGCUCAUCAUUGGCACCCACUGCUAGCAGCCAGACCAACUCCCGAGUGGUGGUGGAGCAGCAGUCAUCACUCUUUGUUCAGUCUGUUGGCAAUACCAACAUUGGCAUUUAUGUUGAAGACCAGUCCAUCGCCUCCAUCACAAACACACAGGCAGGCAACUUUUCCCUUGUCUCACUAUCCGACUCAAAGUUGAUCUUCAACAACACAGCAUCAAUCUCCAGCUUCAUCUCCAUCAACGCCACCAACAAUGGAGUGAUCACAGUUGAUUGCCCAGGUGGUGUCAUCAUGGGCAGCACCUAUGUCGGUAGUGGCAGUGAAGUAACAUUGGGUCCAGCAUCGGCACCCACAGUCAACAGUCAGUCGACUAUUCUCAUGGUAGUUGAGGAGAAAUCAUCGCUCCUGGUCCAGUUCCCACUUGCACUUUCAAACCUUGGUAUCACAGUUGAUGACCAGUCAACCAUGUCCAUCACGAACACUGUUGCAGGCAACUUCACACUGGUCUCACUUGACAACUCAAAGUUGAUGUUCAACAACACAGCUUCCAGUUUAAGCAACAUCGCCAUCAACGCCACAAACAAUGGUGUGAUCACGAUUGAUUGCCCAGGUGGUGUACUUCUUGGUGACGUCUAUGUUGGUGACCACAGCACAGUCACACUCGACAUUGCCAAGUCUGUCUCUGCCACAGGCUAUGGAAACAUCGUCUUGGAACAACAAUCAUCACUUGAGUCCAAGGCACCUCUGACGGCGGCCAACCUCACUCUCCUCUCUGGAUCAAAGAUGCAACUAGAUGGAACAAUCCUCGCGGUGGUCAGCCCUCAUCCAAACAUUGGAUCAUUCGUCUCAGUCUCUGGCGACAGUUCAAUCGAGUUCAAGAACCCAUUCUCAUCAUCAUCGUUCUCAGCUGCCACGAUGACCUGCACCUCCGAGUCGUUCCUCUUCCAUGGCCAAGCUAUUGUGAGCUACAACUCAAAGAACCCAGCGCAUGACACCUACUGUCUGAUUGAUGUGACCAUGCCACAAAGUACGCCCUACACCAUGGUGUGGCCCAAGUCGACCGAUGUGGCUCCGACGUUGACCUUCCCCACCAAGUUCUCUGUUGACUUUACCAACAACCGAAUGACUUUGAACAUCCAUGGUAUGACCAUGGGUAGUUUCAUUGGAAUCCUUGUUGGAAGUGCGGUGGCAUUUGCUGUGCUGGUCGUCGGUGCUGUGUUCCUGUUCUAUCGUCGAUGGAAGAAGAAUCAAAAGGAUGGAUACUCAAAGGUUCCAAUAAUCAACGCUGAUGAUGAAGAAUAA